AUGUUGGCCGACAAGCGCGUGGGCGCCAACGGCGAAUGCGUGCUUGCACAACCUGAGUGCUGGAAGACUUCGAAUACAACUCCCACAAGACGGCUAUGCCGCAAGCUCCCUGGUGCCCAGCCGCCGUUACCCAGCGCUGCCACCCAUCUCACUUCACAUCCUGUCUUGCGGCAACUGAUCCAAUUCGGCCGUGGCUGGGCCGGCCUCAUCCGCGCCGCGGGACCCCAAACCGUCGACUAA